UUGUGGGGAGAGAGAGCACUCGCAACAAGUCGGUGCGAAGCCUGGAAGAACCGGCGUCGGUGCCGCCGAGCCGAUGGAGGAAUUGCGGCCUAGCGGCCCCGGGAUCGCGGCGCUCUUGCCCCCGGGCUUGCACGCUAUCUACCAGGAGUGCAGGAGGCUUUACUCAGACCAGCCGAAUCCGCUGCAAGUCACCGCCAUCGUCAAGUACUGGUUGGGAGGACCAGACCCACUGGACUACAUUAGCAUGUACAGAAAUCCAGGAAGCCCAACACAGGACGUUCCAGAGCAUUGGCAUUAUGUUAGCUUUGGAUUGAGUGACUUGUAUGGUGACAACAGAGUCCAUGAAUUUACAGGACUGGAAGGACCAAGUGGCUUUGGCUUUGAACUGACCUUCCGGCUGAGACGAGAAACUGGGGAAACCGCACCUCCGACUUGGCCAGCUGAGCUGAUGCAGGGUCUGGCCAGAUAUGUGUUCCAGUCAGAAAACACAUUAUGCAGUGGUGACCAUGUCUCUUGGCACAGUCCCUUGGACAACAGUGAAUCCAGAAUCCAACACAUGCUGCUGACAGAGGACCCACAACUGCAACCUGUGCAUACCCCCUUUGGAACAGUUGCAUUUCUCCAGAUUGUUGGAGUUUGUACAGAAGAACUUCAAGCAGCUCAGCAGUGGAAUGGCCAAGGGAUUUUGGAACUUCUCCGGACUGUUCCUGUAUACCAGCUUCCAGAUUCAGAAUCUGUAUUGAAUAUCAGUGCAGGUGGCUCUUGGCUAAUCACAGACAUGCGAAGAGGAGAAACUAUAUUUGAAUCUGAUCCUCACCUGCAAGAAAGAGUGGACAAAGGCAUAGAGACUGAUGGCUCAAACCUGAGUGGUGUGAGUGCAAAAUGUGCUUGGGUGGAUCUAAGCCGUCCGCCAGAAGAUGAAGAAGAUAGCAGGAGUAUUUAUCUUGAGAUGCAACCAAGACGUUUGUCAGAUAAAGAUACAGAGCAGAUCAGAGAGGUCUUGCGUAGGGGCCUUGAAAUGAACACCAAACCAAUCUUGCCACCAAUCAGUUCCCAGAAACCACAACAACAGAAUGGAAUGAACCAUGAUCGAGCAUCACUAGUGCAAUCAGUGGGCCAUUUCCAGAGCAAGCAGACUGAAAGGACUAGGAAAGAUAGUUUGGAAAGUGAAAGUUCUACUGCUAUUGUUCCUCAUGAAUUGAUCCGCACCAGGCAGCUGGAGAGUGUACAUCUUAAAUUCAACCAGGAAUCUGGAACCCUUAUUCCACUGUCACUGAGAGGUAGAUUGUUACACGGAAGGCACUUUACUUACAAAAGCAUCACAGGAGAUACGGCAAUCACAUUUGUUUCAACUGGAGUUGAAGGAGCAUUUGCUACAGAAGAACACCCAUAUGCAGCUCAUGGCCCAUGGUUACAGAUUCUGCUGAACGAAGAGUUUGUGGAAAAAAUGCUAGAGGAUUUAGAAGACCUGACCUCUCCAGAAGAAGUGAAACUGCCAAAGGAAUACAGCUGGCCAGAGAAAAAACUGAAAAUCACAAUUUUACCUGAAUCGGCAUUUGACAGUCCUCUGCAGUAGCCAAGAAUACUAAAGAUUAAAUAUUAUCUAUGUAAAAAUACCUUGCAUUUACUUCUUAGCUUGCAAAAGUAAUUUUGCAGUACAUAACAGUUUUACAAAGGAUGGCUACAUAUUCAUUGUAGCUUCAAGCUGUAGAAGAAGUAACACUAAUAUUAAAUCCAUUCCAAUUAAACUGGAGACUGCGUAUUUUAGCUCACCAUGCCUAGUAUAUUAAAGACAGUGUGGGGGCAGGAAAUCAGUUGCACAUACUUUGUGUUUUUUUGUAGCUUAUCAUGCCUGUCUUAUCUCUGUUGACUGAAGUGCUGACCAAGUACUGCGUGCCUAGAAUUAUACUUGUCCUGUUGAUGUGUGGAUCAUGCCAAAGACAUAUUCCACUGGCAGGUAACUUAUUUUGCAUAGUUCAGAUUAGUUUUGUACUUUUGUAUCCUUUCCCCGGAAGAUUGAUUAUUUUUUUAAAAAAAGAAGCAAAGGUGGGUAGGUAGGCUGGAAGGUAACUGGUUAAAAAGGGAGAUGUUCAGACAUUUAUGCUGUUUAACAUUUUCUUUUCAUAUUGGUGACAAAUCAAUUUUAUAAUCAUUGUUCUGUUUAAACAAAUAUUUGAAAGUGCCUUCAUUAUCCACUUUUGUUUCCUAAAGGUUACUUAUUAGCAGCUUCAAUCUUUGAUUGAUGGAAUUAUUUAAUUUUGUCCACUACAUAGAAUUGUAAAGUCUAACAGCACAGAAGUAGGCCAUUCAGCCCAUCUAGUAUAUGCCAACUCUAUCAAAUAGCUAUCAAGUUAACCCCCUGCUCUCCUCUUUCCCAUAAUGUUUUAAAUUUCGCGUUUUCAAGUAUACAUCAGAUUUCGUUUUGUAAGGUACUGUUGUGAACUUGUGUCCACCACCCUUUCAGGUAGUGUAUUUCAGACGAUAACAAAUUCGCUUAAAAAUUCUCCUAAUUUCUCCAUUGGUUCUUUUGCCAAUUAUAUCAAAUCUAUCUUCUGGUUAUCAACUCUCCUGCUUCUGGAAAAAAAUUUUACUUAGUUACUCUAUAGAAACCCAGCAUGAUUUUGGACACCUCUAUUAAAUCUCCCCUUAGCUUUCUGCACUAGAGGAGAACAAACCAAAUUUCUCUAGUGCUCCACAUAACUGAAGUCCCUCAUUCCUGGCAUAAUUCUGCUAAAUUUCCUCUGCACCCUCGCCAAGAUCUUGACAGCCUUCCUAAAGUUUGGUGCCCAGAAUUGAACACAAUACUAUUAGCUGAGGUGUAACUAGAGAUUUAUGAAGGAUUAGCACUGGCAACACUUAUGAAAUAAUUGGAAAACCUAUGAAAAAAAUUGGUCAAAGGAUGAAAUGUAUCUUUCUAGCCACUUUGGUUUAGUAGCUACUUCUUUUUAACGGCCAGUUACUUAAAGUAGAACAUGUAUUUUUUUAACUAAAACACUCACCUAAGAUGGUUAAUCAUCAGUAAAAUUGUUUUAUCAUAGGUGUAUAUGGAAACCUAUGUUUGUCUUCAGUCAUUAUUAACAGCCUUAAUCUUUAAAGAGGAUGCUGCCUUGAAUGAACUUUCAGGACAGAAACCUAUUUGUGAGUAGUUGUAUACAGGAUGAUCCUAUAUCCGGUUGACUACUGUUUGAAAAACUAUUUUAACAGCUCUCCUGAAUAAAGAACUUGGAAGCUGAUGUGAGGUUAGUGACCAUUUGAACUCUAUUUCAAUAGCGUGUUGUGGCUCUGUCUCUGGAAUUGAAUUACUCAAUGGCAGUCCUUGUUAUGCAGUCUUUUUUCAGUUUAGGCAUGACAUAAAAUCCAGUAUUGGAUUGAUUCUGGUUGGCAACUGAGAUUUAAUAGCUUUAAUUAAUGUAGUCACCAGUAUCAAAGGUGGUUUAAUCAGUUUGAUAUUUGAUGUGAGUUAGCUGGUAUUGAGAAAAAAAAAUCCAACGCCACCCUGCCUCUAGAAGUGGUUAAAGCCAGUUAUUGUAGCAGAUUGGUUGAAAAUAAGAGACUUCAAUUCACUACAAUGGUAGCUUGCCAUCAGCUUUCUAGGUGAACAUUUUUGUAGUUCAUCACUUCUUUUGUGUGCAGUGUUUUGUUUUUCAUAGAAUCCUGAGUCACUCUACAGAUUUGAUUUGAAGACUCCUGCAGAACUGCAGUUUAGCGCAUGGUUCUUAGAUACUUUUUUCCAAAAUGAAGAUUACUAGCACAGGUUUUUAAAAAUGUUUUUAUUGUAUUAGUCAAAUGUAAAUUUUUUGACUUGUGUGUAGUGCAGCUUGGCUUGCACUUCACUUUUGUAAUAUUUUUGUGAAUCACUAAACUGUUCCAUCAAUAAUCUCUAAGUGUAUUAAAAUAAUUUACUUGAUAAUUUCAAAA